UCAAAUGUCAAAAUUGUUAAACUAAAAUUCAGGCUCGAUUCAAUUAGUUUAGAAGUCGUACUAAGUACUUUUACAAAAAAAAUAAUAAAACCAAAUCAAUCGUAGAUUCGCAAUUUAGCAACAAAGAUGGUGGUUAUCCAAGGCAUGUAUGAGAUCACCGAGGUGGUGGCCGCCUCCAUUGGCUGCGUGGGUUUCUUCAUUUGUGGCUUCAACAUAGUUUCGCUGACGGAUGCCCCCGAUCUGUCGACGGUCCUGUUCAUCCUGUCGGUUGUGCUUCUAGUAAACCAUGUAAGGGUCCGGUUACUGGCACCGGUGCAGGAAUUGUGGCGCUUUGUCCUGGAAUUGGUAUUCUUUUAUCUGUGCACCCAGGCUACCCUUCUAUACGUGUGGGAGCAAUUCCAUUUUCUUCUGUAUGUGGUUCGGGAUUCCGUGAUGAGCACUCGUCCAGUUUUGAAUCUCCUGGUUGACAAUCCCAAAUUGUUCACGUUCCUGCGCCAGGACAGUUGGUACUUCUUGCAGCUGUUAAUCGCCAUAGGGAUCACUUACAAGACGGUAGUAUUUACCAAGGCCUUGGAUUAUGCCUUGCCCGGGCGGCGUCGGUAUCAGUAUUGCGAAGGACUAGCCACUGAUGAAAUAUUCGACAAUUUCUGGAAACGCCCGCGACUUUUGUCACGUCAUCGCCGUGGGUUAUUGGACAAGCCUAUGUCGAUACACGAAGAGCUGGACACCACUUUUGUAGAAAAUGAAGAGUCCGAAGUGGAUUAGGCCGCAUGUUAGAGCUAUUAUCAAUUAAAAACAUAAAGCAAGGUCAUCAUGCUCAGAGGUCGUGGGUGCAGUGCACCCGAAUUGAAGGCCCAUCCAAGAACGGUUCACGCUUUCUACAAUAUUUGCAUGCUUGAAAGAGCAGAGCUCUAUCCCCACUCACAAAAUCACACUUCUUGUUUAAGUUUGGCGCCCUCAACCAUCAACCAAUCGAUAAAUAAAUCGAAAUCACUUGUGUCUCAUCACUAAAAAAAGAGAAUAGGAAACAAAGAUCGAGCAAAAAUAAAAAGGUCCAAUAAAUAGGAAAAUAAA